AUGGAUGACCCUGAUAAAGCCGCUGCGGAAAGUGCUACAGAACCAGGACAGGAUGUCAAACCGGAGAACGAUGAUGUGGAAAUGCUUGAUGAGAAUCAAACGGAAUUGGAAACUGUGAAGUCGACUGCCCAUACGCCAGCAGCUCUCUCAGAGCCUACCGAGGAGCAAUCCUCCAUAGACCAGAGCGCAGAAAAGCAAUUAAUGGAAUCGCUCGAGGGUCAGUCCAUUCGCCCUACUGAGAAAACUACCGAGUUAUCUGCAGAGCCCCAGGCUGCUGAUGAAGACGGAAACGCUGAAGAUGAUGAACCGAAAUCACCUACGGAGGGGCGUAAAAGAUCAUCAGCAUCAAUAGCCAACGACGACCAACCCGAAGGGGGAAGGAUGAAAAGCCGGCGAACAAGGGCACGCGAUUCGAAUGCUGAAGCGCUAUUGCCACCUGAAGAGAUAGCCUUUGAUCAAAAGCGCUAUUAUGAGGAUCGCCUUGAAAUUUUCGUCAAUGCCGAUGACUGGUUGUUUAAUACUGUUGGAUCUCUAUUCUCCAAACUGGAUAUUGAUGCACUGGGUGACAUUAGCAGCUUGAGGGAAAAAGCAACCACUGUUAACGAUUCAGAUACCGUUCCAGAGGACCCUGAGACCCGUCUCUUCCACGAUGUCCGUGGCAUCAUUAAAUCGUGGAAUGAUGAGAAAUCUCGCUUGAUGCAGCAAAAGGAUGAGGCGUCUUCUCUCAAAGAUAUGCGCGGCUCAAGCAAAUCUGGACUCGCUGUAUUCCUUGAGCAUACUCGCAAGGUGUCUCGCAAACCCUUUCAGCAAAAAGUGAUACCCUCUCGGGAAAAGCUCUAUGCUUUUUCGAGCAACGUGAAUGGCGGCUGGCUCCACCCACACGAUGCAUCGUUCGAAUGGCUCAAACAGCUUCUUAUGCCACAACCGGAUGGAGAAGACCAGAGAUUUUCUCCUAUGCGGUCGGCUUAUGCUUCCUUUGUGUGGCCGGACGAUUUGAAAUCGACGGUAGCCAAUAUGUUGCUUCGCGAAGACGAGUUCAUCUAUUCACGCCUCUCUGAGCUUACCGAAGGUCUUGGGCGUCGUAUCCUGGAGUCCGGUGUCGGGAGUCCCUUUCAGUACCGGACUGAGGAUUUCGCUGAGCUAGAAAUGAUUCAAUCAGUAUAUGAAAUUCAUUUGGACAUUUUUGCAUCAGUCGAAAAUCUGAGCGGUGAAAACAAUGAAGACAAGCGACUUACACAGCGUGAUCGGCUGAACAGGUGGGGAUUGCUUGCUAAAACAGCCUUGGACUAUUUUAUCGCGAACUGCCCUUCAGAGGAAUGCCGCCGUAACAUCGCACUACGCUAUCUAUGGACCUCGGUCUUUCAUUUAAAUCUUGCCGGCGAAGCAGAUCGCGACCAUGUGCUGCUAUGUCUGCAAGAUUUGAAACAGACUCUCCAGUCCAUUGAAGCCCCAGUAAUCAGCAUGGUGAACAACACUAUAAUGUCUGAACUCUCAGUCGAAACCAUUGAUCAGGAGGUCCUCAAGCUGAAGUGCAUGGAUUUUUUUGCCAAGGUCUUCAAUGCAGAUGACGAAGACCCAGUAUCGUUAAUCGAGGCUAUUGAACCGAUCCUUGAGCCCUCGUCGGUCGAGAGCGCUGAUGAUACUCUGCAACAGCAUGAUGCAACUACAAGUGAGGCUCCGUCGCAGUCGAGUGAAAUGGCGUCGUUCCUUGAUCGAGGCGAUGCAACGCUACGCCUGUUCCUGUGGCGGAGACUCCAAGAAGCUUAUCAAGCCAUUGACUAUCCUCCCAAGGUAGUUUCAUGCUACCUGCGCAGCAUUGAGAUCAUCAUGGCAGAACUAGAAGAUGAGAAACACGUCGAGGAAACGAACGAGCACCGUCAAGUUACGUUACUGGGGUGGCUCAAGUCUCUUGACAGCCUAAUGGGGAAAGCCAUUCCGCUUAUACUUACUCAAGCUGAAAAGUCCUAUGAGUGUGUAGAUAUGGAUCAUCUUCGAUCUUCCAUGUCUGCAGUUGCGCGCCUCACUCGAGUUCUUCACAGCUUCAUUCUUUACGAAGAUUCGGUGCGAGUGGGUCAGGUACCCGGACGAGAGCUUCGUGGAGCUUUGGCAAAAUCCCUCGAAAGUUUCAAGGAGCGAAUGCGAGAGCUAUACGUUCGUUGCUGGAUCCUUCAAUAUACCCUCUUUGUAGAGGCCAUCUCUCAAAACAAGGAGCUUUUCGAUGAUGCUCUUGAAGAUCGCAUCCACGUCCUGCGUUCUCUGCACAAUGCCCUUGGGAUUCGCUCCAUGUGCAGAUACUCGCAAAAGAGGUUCUUGAAACUCAUGAAAUCUGAAUUAUUCGGCCUUGAAAUCAAGGGUGACUAUGAGGAUGAAGUUUGCCAGGUCCUUUACGACCUCCAUGGCAUCAAAUUCUCGCCACUAGACGGUACUGCAGACCAUGGAUGCUCUCCUGAAAAGUUAGACCGGCUCACAGCCACUAUGAUGAUCGACUUCGUACUCAGACAAGCAAACAAGAUGAACAUGAAAGAUCUGUCAAAGUCUGAACUUAAGACGACAAUUGAGAAGAUGCAGCAAGCUAUUGGACCUGUUAGGCUUCCUUCACAGUCACCCGCGGUACAGCUGAACAGACGUGUUUGGUCGCAGUACAUGAAGACCCCGAUCAAUCCUUCUCUUCUCCUCCGAGCUGUACAAGGGGUAACGGAGCUUUCCAUGGUGCCUGUCUCCGGUGACAAUGCCAAUAUUGCCGCGAAAGGCUGGUAUUUCCUAUUGGGGCAUGCUACUCUAACAAAAUUUCGUGCUCAGAAACGGCUCAAUCCUGGUUCAACAUCUGAGCUUGAUGAUGCCAUCAAUCUCUUCAAGCAGGACCUAGAAAAUGGAACUGGUAGAUGGGAAACUUUCUAUCGCCUGGCACAAACCUAUGACACCAAGUUGGAGGAAGACAUCACGUGGAAUGCCGACAAGAUCAACAACAGUCGAAAUGAUUUAGCCACGACACAGAGAUACGCUAUCCAUUGUUACUCGAUCGCUGUAUCCGCCGCCAUUAGAACAGCAGAACCCACAGCUGAAGCUCGUGCAUUGAUAUCUGAUCUUUACACGGAUUUUGCGAUCCGUCUUUACUCCUCCUCUCGAGAGCCACUGUCAAUGGGUGCUUUCAGCCUAACGGACUUCCCAAAACAUUACAACAGCCAAGAAAGCCAACAGAUGUACAAGGGGCAGCCUUUCAGGGAAAUGCCACUAUAUUCUGUGUGGAGCUUUGCGAGCAAUCUUCUCCGAAGAGCCAUAGCUGACAAACCUAACCGAUGGAUGAACCACUACUACCUCGGGAAAUGUAUGUGGAAGAUGUUUUGCGCUGGUGAAUCUGAACGCACCACUUCGAAGCGAGUCGAAAUUCAAGAUGUAUUAGACGCCUUUCAUGAUGCUAUCGACGCCCUUCCGCGACGCAAAGAUUCGCGUGCAGAGCCAAUUUUCGAGCCUCACUUCAAACUUUUGUCCAUCGUCAACAGGCUUGUCUCUGGUGGUAGUUUGACUCCGGCCGAAGGAGUGAAAGCUCUUGGUUCCACUCCAUGGGCCGCCAAGGUGAGCCCUCCAGAGAGUCUAGAGGGUUGGAAGCCGUAUGUGUUGGAGGUGAUCAAGAAAUUCAAGACCGCGGACAAAUCUAACUGGCAUCAUCGUAUGAGCGCCAAGGCUGCACAUAUCAUCUACGAUGACCAGAUCAAUGCCACAACAGCGGCGGCUGCCAAGCAUGAAAUGUCCCAAAUAUUUACUAAAACACUGACUAUCCAAGUCUGGCGGCCCGAGUACGAACGACCUGGGAGGCACUUUGUAUAUACGACUCGCUACGUCUACUUCUUCGUCAAUCUUCUUGACCAGCUCGAUGACCGCGCGAGCCUGGACCAAUUGCUUCGUCGGGUCAGAAAGAAGCAGGGUGACUUCAUCAAUCACGCGAAACUAUGGGAAGACCUAUGCGUAACCUACGCCAAAAUGAUUCGAAGGGCAGCCAACAUCAAUGAGGGAUACGAAGAGGGUAUCUUCCGACCACUUGGCUGGGAAGAAUUUUCAUCCAAGACCGCUCGCUUGGAGGGUCUACCCAGUCUGACCGCGGAUAGCCAACCUCUUCUUGAGCUAGUUCGGGACUCUCUAGAGCUGAAGAAGCUGAACAACAAUUACAUGAAAGUGACAAUGUGUGAAGACCUCGUCGCUGACUUAUACUCACGAGUGUACGAGCUCAACAUCCCCCUUCUCAAUGAGCAAGUCAGUGAGGAGAACAAGGAAAAGAUGAAAGUGGACCAUCUUCUCAUGGCUGGGGAUGCCCCAACAGAGACAUCUACGCCUACCGCAUCUCUACCAGCUUCCGACACACCAGCCCCUCGUGGCCGUACUAAGGGUAUUGCACGAAGAGAUAUCCAGAAGCGCGCUGAUACGAUUGUCAACCUCAAACUCGGCCCUCGGACAGCAGCUAAAUUUACCACCACCGAAAACGAUUCAGCGCCGCCUGCUCACCGUAGCUCUAAUGCUCCUGGGGCACCUGGUCCUACCUCAACUCCGCAAGCGGACGGACCAUUAUCCACAGACGCGGACAAGACUGGGAAAUCUGGAGAUGGUAUAAACAGUGGCGAUGAAAGCGAGCUGAGCGAUGUUGAUGAAACGAAGCUUAAGGCAUCCCCUGGGCGGAAAUCCCUCAUGUUCCCUAACCUGAAGCCCGAGUCAGGAGAAAACGAGACAGAGGAUGACGCCGCCAGUGGUGAAGAGAACCUGGAUGAAGGAGACAAUGAAGAGGACGAUAUAAAUGAAAACGAGGGUGAAGACGAGGAAGACCCUGGUACAGAGGAGCACCAAGAUGGGGAAGAUGCUGGGGAUGACGACGCACAAGAUGGUGAGGAUGCCGUCAUGCUUGAAGAAGAGAAAGAGGACGAAGACGAGCAAGAGAACGAUGAUGAAAUAGCAGAGCAUGAGGAAGGUGACCCUGCUAAAGCUGUUGAUGAUCCUGAUGUCAAGGACUCCAACGCGCCUACUCUUAGCAAGGCUACUGAGAAGCCAGAGUCCAUGGAUACUACGCCCGCAUGA